GAGAGAUGUUGCUUUAGAGACAGAGCAGAAUGGAUACAAUGUGCGGCUAUUUACCCUUCUUGUGCUGCUUGCUUUUCAUUCGCGCUACAGAGUGCUUUUCUGGCGACAAUGAUCAUUUAUUGGCAGUUCACCAGCGGAAGAGUGGAAGGCCCAGGUUUAUUUACCACCACGUACAAAGCAUUGAGAAGAGCUUAGACCUGGAAAGGCAGAAGUUAUCUGACCAAAAUUUCCACAUGCCCUCCCACCUGCAUGUUGGCAAAUUUCAUCCUGCAGGGUUCGAUAAAUCGUCUUUUCCACGCUCUCAUAACCGCGCACAAAACCUCUUAGCUCCAAGUGACACAGAGGUUGAUGUAGAAAACCUUCCUAUUCCACAGGCCAAUGUGAUUCUGGUGAUGUUGAAAAUGGAUGUAAACAAACUGAACACAACGUUACUCCGGAAGUUUCGUCAGGGAGUUGCUGCAGCCCUUGGCUUGUCGCCACAGCAAGUUCACAUCAAUCGUCUCAAUGGUAGAAAGAAUUGCGUAGAACUCUUCAUUUCUCCACUGAACAAAAAAAUAGGUGUUCCGGAGGCCCUUCCUUCUGCAGAAGUCUUACGUUCCCUCAACUUACACACGCUGCACCAAAGAUUAUCUCAUUUUGGAAUCACUGAAGUCUCUGCAGAGAAAAAUGUACUCCAAGGACAACAUGAAGCAGAUAAACUAUGGACCAAAGAAGGAUUUUACACCAUUGUUAUAUUUCUCAGCAUAUUUGUCAUAAUAGUGACUUGCUUAAUGGUUCUCUACAGAUUAAAAGAAAAGAUUCAGUUUUCAUUGAGGCAGGACAAAAAAAAUCAGGAGAUCCACCUGUCGCCUCUCCCAGCUCAGCCUUCACCAUCUCAGGCUAAACGGCCAAGCAGUAUGGUGCAGCAUGAACAUAUCCCUAAAGCUGUGAAUGUUAUUGUAGACCCCCAGUGCCAAGGCACCUUUGAGAUCAGACCUCCUCUGUCUGCGGGACCUUCUCCAUUUAAAAUGAAACCCGUAGGCCUCCAAGAAAGGAGAGGCUCCAAUGUGUCACUUACUUUAGAUAUGAGCAGUUUAGGAAUGGUGGAACCUUUCACUGUGGUACCGGCCCCAAGAGAAAAAGUAUCCAUUGAAUACUUACAGUCAGCCACUCGAGUCCUGACCAGACAGCAGCUCAGGCAUAUUGUUCAAAGCUCCCAUUUGCUUCACACUGAAUUCAUGGAAAUACCAAUGAAUUUUGUGGAUCCCAAAGAACUUAAUAUUCCAAGCCAUGGAACCAAAAAUCGAUAUAAAACUAUAUUGCCAAAUCCAGUUAGCAGAGUAUGUUUGAAAACAAAGAACGCAAAUGAUGCAUUAAGCACCUAUAUAAAUGCUAAUUAUAUUAGGGGUUAUGGUGGAGAAGACAAAGCUUUUAUUGCCACACAAGGUCCCAUGAUUAACACUGUGAAUGACUUCUGGCAAAUGGUGUGGCAAGAAGAUGUCCCAGUUAUUGUUAUGAUCACCAAACUGAAAGAAAAAAAUGAGAAAUGUGUUCUUUACUGGCCAGAAAAGAGAGGCAUAUAUGGAGGUGUUGAGGUCCUAGUUAAUAGUGUAAAAGAAUGUGAUUAUUAUACCAUCCGGAAUCUUACACUAAAGCAAGGGAGUCAGUCUCGUACUGUUAAACAUUACUGGUACACAUCAUGGCCCGAUCACAAGACUCCAGACAGUGCCCAACCUCUCCUGCAGCUUAUGUUGGAUGUGCAAGAAGACAGGAAGAAUUUUUCAGGACGGGGCCCUGUAGUAGUGCAUUGCAGUGCUGGAAUCGGUAGGACUGGCUGUUUCAUCUCAACAUCAAUUGGCUGUUGUCAACUGGAAGAGAAAGGUGUUGUUGAUGUAUUAAAUAUUGUCUGCCAGCUUAGAAUGGACAGGGGUGGAAUGGUUCAAACAAGUGAGCAAUAUCAGUUUGUGCACCAUGCGCUGAGCUUAUAUGAAAGCCGACUAUCUGCAGAAACUGUCCAGUGAACAGCUAAGAGGAAAAUGAAAGUGAUCUUUUUAAGGUAAUCUGUUUUAUUACCAACCAGCAGUUUCUUAAAGGAGUCAAGUAGACUGCAUGAAGGGAUGGGAAGACAACCCAUGAAGGCUUGCUGGAAAGUCUGGUGCAAUGAGAUGGACUCUGGUCUGUAACUGAAUGUACCUUGUACUACAGAUUCUGUUAAUAGUAAUGGAAGGUACUUCUCUGAUAAACAGUAGUUGUAUAUGCGUUUUCUAUACAGUAUAUGUAACUGAAAGGUGGAUGUAAUACUGAGAUACGAUUAUCUACAAUGCAGAAUGUAUGUACUACAGUCAACAGUCAAUGGAUUUAUAAAGAUUGUUCAGUGUAUAACAAAUAAACCUUUGCGAAACUUAUGUCUUGUACAUUGUCAGUUUCACCCCGUACCUGCCAAGUGCUAUUAUAUAUUAUGUGGUGAGCUUGUUUCUUACCCACAUAAAAUUUUUGCUGCUAGUGUUGCAAGUAAUCAAUUUAUGUUGUUUUAUUUUUCCAAAAAAAA